CUCAGUGACACUCAAACAUGAAGAUGAAGCGAAUUAUUUGCUCCUUAUUAUUAUUAUUUAUUGGGUAUUGUAGGGCAAAUGAGCAUCCAGAAGUUGAGACUUCUUUGGGUAAAAUUAGGGGACUUGUAAGGCAAUCUUUUGGUGGACGAAAGUAUGCUGUGUUUGAAGGUAUCCCCUUUGCAAAACCCCCAAUUGGAGAUUUAAGAUUUGAAGACCCCCAACCAACUGAUGGAUGGAAAGGAACAUGGGACGCAACCGUUUCUCACACUUGUAUCCAAACUGCAAGGAAGAUGGUGGACACACUUCAGGGGGAAGAAGAUUGUUUGUACCUAAACGUCUACGUGCCACUAGAAAGACUCCACGAAGGAGAAAACCUGGACGUAAUCGCCUACGUACAUGGUGGAGCUUUUAUGGUUGGCAGUGGUACCUCGUAUGUCUCCCCCGACUUACUUAUGGAUAAAGACGUGGUGUUCGUUUCAUUUAAUUACAGAUUAGGAAUAUUAGGCUUUUUAAGCACCGGUGACGGAACAGUAUCAGGCAACCUGGGACUCAAGGAUCAAGUCCUGGCUCUAAAAUGGAUUCAACGCCACGUCAAAAGCUUCGGCGGCAACCCACAUUCCGUAACAUUGGUCGGCGUGUCGGCCGGAGGAGCCAGCGUCCACUUCCACUACUUCUCGCCCCUGUCCAAGGGGCUGUUCCACCGCGUCUUCUCCGAAAGCGGCGUCGCCUUGAACCCUUGGGCACUGCAGGAAAGACCCGACGAAAAAACGAAGAAACUCGCCAGUUUGGUCGGGUGUUCCGACGAUGAUACGAGGAGUGUUAUCGGUUGUUUGAAAAGGAGACCGGCCACCUUGCUGCUGUCGAAGUUGCCUGAAUUCUACGGUUAUGAAGCGUUUCCGUUUGCACCCUUUGCUCCCGUGGUGGAGUCUAUCAACAAGCCCAAUAGGUUCCUUCCUAAACAUCCCAUACAAGCAUACGUAGAUAAGGAUAUAAUUGAUGUUCCUUGGCUUGUUAGUACAACUUCUGAUGAAGGACUGUUUGUAGCCUAUUGGGUUGCUUCAGAAAUUGAUGAUUUAGAUGAGAAAUGGGCAGACAUUGCAGCCUACGCUUUAGAUUAUAAUUAUACAAUGGCCAAGUCACAGUGGGCAAAAAUAGGAAACAAAAUUAAAGAACAUUAUCUGGGAGCUGGAGUCAAAUUAUCAAAAGACAACUUAAAACAAUUUUCCAAAGUUUUCUCCGAUAGAUUAUUUGUGAAUGGGGCAGAAGACGCCGCAAGAAGACAGUCUAAAGUGAACAAAUCUCCGGUUUAUUACUUUGUUUUUAGCCAUGAAAGUGAACCUUUGAAUAUGUUUAACAUUCCCGGCAUAACUGGUGCUUCGCAUGGCCUUAGCACACAAUUCAUGUACGGGUCAAGAGAUGCUAAAUUUACUGAUGAGGACAAAAAGCUUCUACCCAUUAUGGUGGACAUGUUAACAACAUUCGUCAAAACUGGAAAACCUGAAUUUCCAGGAGUUCAGUGGGAUCCAGUAAGGAGUACUGAUAUAACAUACGUCAAUAUUAAGGGACCAACUGAUAUUAAACUGGAAACUCAAGAUGAAUUGUCACCCAGAGAAUUCUGGAGUAGUUUGGACAUCUUGGAAAAUGAGAAAGUUGUUCUUGUCAAAGAUGAAUUAUAGUUAAUAAAUAUUUACACAAUUUUAAUAAAUACUGCCAAUGCUUCAUCUG